AUGUCGAUGAAUAUAAAAAAUAGCUUGCGCUUGGACCAUGAGUUGUACGGCUACGCAACUCCGGGCAAGAUAGAUAGCUUUAAGGACACCAUUCAAAGGAAGCUUGUGGCAGAUGAAGUACAUGAUCCCAAUGCUCACGUUUGGCAGUCUCGACUAAGCUUUCACAAUAAUAAGAACACAUUCCUUCACAUAGCUGCAAGCUCCGGCCAUGCGAAACUAGCAGCUGAGAUCAAACAAUUUCACAAGCCUCUUUGGUUUGAGCAAAACUUUGAGGGCGACACUGCGCUCCAUAUUACGGCCAAAGCCGGGGAAUUAGAUACAGCAAUCACUCUUCUCCGUGAAGCCCGAGGCGUUGAUAAUAAUGAUCAUGAUGUAUCCAGGUUGCUGACCGAGACGAAUAAUGAGAGGAACACUCCCUUACACGAGGCCCUGAUUCAUGGUCACCAAUUAGUAGCAAAGUGUUUGAUAGAGGGCGCCAGUUCUAGCGUCCCUUUUUAUGUUAAUAAGGAAGGAAAGAGCCCUUUGUAUCUGGCUGCUGAGGAAGGGUUUGAUGAGAUCGUGAAACUAAUAAACAAAAAAGCAGUUGAGGAAAAGCCAGAAUUUCUUGUUAUUAAAGGCAAGUCUCCGUUGCAUGCUGCAAUUCUUGGCCGCCGGAACAAUGAAAUCUUAAAGACAGUAUCAAGCAUGGAGGAAUUUUUUAAGAGCUCAAAAGAUAAGAAGGGGAGGACUCCACUACAUUCUGCAGCAUCAAUUGGUUAUUUAGAAGGGGUACGCUUCUUAUUAGGCAGUCGCAUCUCUGAUUGUCAUCAAAUGGAUCAUGGCGGCAACUUUCCAAUCCAUUCAGCAUCAAGCAAAGGUCAUGUCAAGAUUGUUAAAGAGCUGCUUCGACAUUGUCUCGAUUCAAGGGACUUGAAGAACUCUAAUGGCGAAAAUAUACUCCAUGUUGCAGCAAGAUGCGGUAAAGACAAUCUUGUCAAAUAUUUUCUCAAAAAGGGUGAGUUUCGAAUGUUGAUAAACCAAAAGGACAGCAACGGAAAUACUCCUUUACAUUUGGCAACGAUGCACCACCAUCCCAAGGUUGUCUACAGAUUGGCUUGGGAUACAAGGACAAACUUAAAGCUCUUGAAUGGUAGAAGCAUGACAGCUCUUGACAUUACAAAAAGCCCUUUGGAAACUAUUGCAUCAUAUCAUGGGAGGCUUACAUGGAUGGUAUUGAAAUCUGCUUUCGCACAGCGUGCUCAGAGUUUGCAUGUCCUCCAAAGGAAAAAACUGAGAUCACCACAAGUAGCAGACAAUGGUGGAGGUUUGACUAAGUUACCAAACGAGGAAAGCAUUAGGGACAGGGUGAAUGCUUUAUUGGUGGUUGCCACACUUGUUGCCACAGUGGCAUUUGCAGCCGGUUUCACAAUGCCAGGUCGCAACAACGAUUCUACCCCUCAUGAGGGCAUGGCAAUCUUGCUAACCAAAGCUAUGUUCCAAGCCUUUGUUGUGGGAGCAGAUAUUUUCGUCUCCAAUCACAGCGCGCCACGUGGAAAAGAAGAUUAUCUCUUUUAA